UCGUGGACAAACAUCUGGACUUCACGUAUUCCUCKUGUGAUAUUUACCGCAGAGAUUCGUCGUGAAGUGAACGAUGCAUUGAAAUAAGGACUGGAAUUGUCAAAGAACUAAAGCAUAUAAGAAAGAGCAGCUUAACUAAUGUGUUUGGUAACCACGGCAUUAGCGGAGCCGCGCGCAAGAUAGUACACUGGUCAACUUUCAACAAUGGRAGUCUUUUUUCUUGUAWUACUGUCCGUAACUGCGCUGGCGAGUUCUUCCUUUGCGUCAAACGCACCUCCAUACUUCAUUCGUGCGACUGCGAAAGACCCACACAUGGUGGAAGUUUCCUGGCACGUUCCUGGAAGCGCCCAGUCCCAAACCACCAAAUACCGAAUAGGAUGGCGCGUCGGCUCAUCUAAAAACCCUGAAUCGUACGUAGUUGUCAAUGGAACCAAGGGUUAUUAUAUCUUCAAGAAUCUGCGUCCAUAUACUUAUUACUACUUUAGAGUCCAGCGUGGAACUAUGGGAGGUUCGUAUGGUGCCUUCUCUCGGUCGAGAUGGGUAGAAACGCCAGAAACUGUACCCACGGCUCCCCCAACAAAUGUAACCGCGUACAGCACAAGCUCUAGGAGUAUCCUGGUGAGUUGGGGUGUGGUACCGGCACAGCAUCGUAACGGGCACAUCCUUGGAUACCGGACGUGUUAYUAUAAGGCCUCUGAACUCCCAUCKACUAAACUAUGCCUUUCAGUCUAYGCACAUAGCAAUCACUUGGGGAAUYURAGCCCUUAUACACCGUACUAUGUUUUAGUAAUGGCCUAUACUAACGUAGGCGAUGGACCACCUUCAAAACCGCUGCUUGUAUGGACAGAACAGUUUGUACCGUCAAGAGCACCGCAACUCGUCAGUCUCACAUCAACCACCACUACGAUCACAGUAGUUUGGARGCCUAUACCUCGACAGUACAUCAAUGGGAUACUAAGAGGAUACAAUGUUAUCUGUGAUGAAAUAGGUAGCAAGACUAACAAACGACGCGAUAGAGUGAAUGCAACCACUUUGAGCUACACAUUCACUGGUCUUAAGCGGAACACUUGGCACGAGGUAAAGCUUGCGGGAAUGACGCGCGUUCACCAGAUUCUUAGGAUUGGCGUGAUCAGUCCUGCAUGGAACAUCACUACAAAACCAGGUACUGGUGCACCAACCAACGUCAGAGUGUGGAGUCCAUGCCCAAAAUGCAUGAUGGUACAAUGGGAUAAAGUCRCCAUCUCUAGCCUUGCAGUUCGACUUGUGGGCUAUCACGUGAUASUGAAGUCACGUGAUAACAUUUACGUCACAAGGGAUGUUGGUGCUAGCAYACAGAUGACAAAUAUCACAGGGCUCGUGCCUUUUACUGAAUAUACCAUAAUAGUAGCAGCCAAAACCGACGGGGGUCUGGGCACGUUUAGUCAGCCGAUCACUAAGACUACUCAGGAGGGUGUUCCCAGUGUUGCACCGAAGCAAGUGAGCGUGCAGAGYCUGGGACCUACAAGUAUUCUGGUGUCAUGGAGUCCGAUCGAUGCUAAUGACGUCAAUGGCGUACUGCAAGGAUACUACGUGUUUUAURAUCAUGUUUCUGGAAGGAAGAAACGAUCCGUCAGUACUGGCGUCUCUCACGUAUCAAAUACCUCAGCCUCAAGUAUUGAAAUCAAGUCUUUACAGCCGUUCUCUUUAUAUGAGGUAACUGUUUCCGGUUUUACCAAAACAGGAAGUGGACCGAGAAGCCCUCCGAUGACCGUCCGAACACACGAAGAAGCCCCCAGUCGCGCUCCUGAUGGAAUCACCGCUAAACCACUAAGUACACAUGCUCUUUGGGUAACCUGGCAACCGUUACCACGACAACAUAGAAACGGCAUCCUUAAAGGAUAUCACGUGCAUUAUCGGAGAAAGACCGCUAACAGCAGUAUCAUAAGGAACGCGGUUACAGUGAACGCCACAGUACUCGGCGUGACUAUCAAAGGACUGGAUCCUAAUACAGAGUAUCAGAUYUGGAUCCGGGCUUUCACGGCCAAAGGAGCUGGACCCAAGAGUGACAAAGUCAUUGCUAGGACUAAGAGGAUUGUACCUGGGCAGCCACAAGAUGUACGUGUUGAGGUCGUUAAUCCAAGGACAGUCAAAGUCACGUGGCACUCUGUCAACCCGUUAGGUAGCCAAGUUACAGGAUAUAUGGUCAAAUGGACAAUGAGGGGAGAUCUUGACGGAUCAGCUGAAAAUAACCAAAAGGUUGUAAAGCUCGAUGGAAUGUACUACAGGCGUACUACAGUAACWGGCUUACUACCUUAUAAUAUGUACACGUUCACRGUGCGCGAAAUGUAUGAUGGGAAGUGGGGGAAGCUCUCUGCACCAGUAGACCAGAUGAUGCCAGARGAUAGUCCUAGUCCGCCAUUAGAACUGUCAGURUACAGAAAAGAAGGAGCCACUCUUGUUGUCUCGUGGAAGAAACCCAAAGARCCCAACGGUGUCAUACGUAAAUAUAUCGUGUACUUUGCUGACAAUGACGGUUCACCAUUAUGGGAACAGACCGUCAAUGAUGGAAUAUUGCAAGAGCUCGUUAAACUUACGUUUAUAUUGCCUGACAAAACUGCAAAAUAUCGAAUUAUGGUUCAAGCAUUUAAUUCUCUGCCUGGAAAAAAGAGUGAUGUCAUUACWGUACAACAUGAAUCUAGCGACGAUAAAGUUGGAUUUGCCAAAAAGGACAACAACAUUAUCAAGCUACCGUGGUUAAUCUUUAUUAUCAGCGCUAUCGCCUUGUUUGUUCUUGGACUCUUUAUAUUCUUUUUGAUAAGAAAAUCUCGCAGGCAACCUAAAAAAUCCCACGACGAAGAAUUAAUUUCGAUGAUUCCAAGAUCUGUUGGCGCCCGCAAACCUAUCCCAGUCUCUCAAUUAAAACUACACUGCGAGCGUUACCAUGCCUACGAUGACGCAUUAUUCAUUGAAGAAUUCAAGUCCUUGAAUCAUGUGCCUUUGCGGGCGACAUAUGAAGCGAGUCAAGCAGCAUACAACAGAAAGAAAAAUCGUUAUCCCAACAUACUACCCUAUGACCAUUCACGUGUUGGUCUCAAAGUCCGUAAAGACUCUCCGGCAGGAUAUGAUUAUAUUAAUGCCAGCUAUAUAGAUGGCUACAAUCAUCCCAGAAAAUACAUCGCAGCACAAGGACCUUUGCGUGAUACAGUGAACGAUUUCUGGCGAAUGAUUUGGGAGAAACACUGCAACAGUAUUGUGAUGUURRGYGAUGAUGAAGGCAGUCUCAAGCUUUACACGGAUUGUGAACGUUACUGGCCAGAACACGGCUAUCAAGAGUACGGCAGUCUUGCUGUCUCUCUCGUCGAAGAGACGGCAUUGACGGACUGGAAAACCAGGACAUUUCUAGUAUGGUCCACAGAUCCAGAAUGUAUGGACAAACGAGAGAUAACACAAUACCAGUACACUGCCUGGCCCGAUCAURGUGUCCCUGAAAACACGUCUUCUAUUCUGAUUUUCCAACACAAAUUACGAAUGGGUAUCCCCCAUGAUUCCAAUGGACCUAUUGUGGUGCAUUGUGGCGCUGGUGUUGGUCGUACAGGAACUUUCAUUACCAUUGACUCGUUGCUUGAACAAAGACUGGCAGAGGGGGUGGUGGAUGUGUAUGGUUUUGUAGCUCAGAUGAGAACACAGAGAAACUAUAUGGUUCAGACAGAAGAGCAAUACGCUUACAUUCACGAUGUUUUACGUGAUGCCUGUUUCUGUGGUAUUACUGAAGCCAGCUCAAACGAGCUCAGUUCCAGACUACUGACAGUGUCUGCUACAGAMCCAGAAACACUUCGGAGACAUAAUGACGAAUUUGACAACCUUCCWGUUCACGAUCUUGUUGAUUUUCACCAACGCGUUGCUAUGAUACGUGAAAACAUUGUGAAAAACCGCUGUCCUGAUGUUUUGCCUUUUGAUCGGAAUCGCGUUUGCGUGACAGUUUCGCCUGAUACCCGUGACUCUGACUACAUCAAUGCAAGUUUUAUUGACGGGUAUAACGAAAGAAGGGCGUAUAUUGCUACACAGGCUCCCAUGGAGAACACGGUCCUSGAGUUCUGGCAGAUGGUGUGGGAGCAGCGGUGUACCGCUAUUGUCAUGCUCAGUGAUCUAACCGAUAGUGCCGGGCAUGAGGAAAGUGUUCUGUACUGGCCAGAACAAGGCUGUUUACGUUACGGGAAGUACAUUGUUACGAAAAUAGACGAAGAAACACUCGACGACCACACCCAGCGGGUUCUAAAACUGCGCUGUCACGGGAGUACAGAUAGUCUGCUAGUGUACCAUUUCCAGUACCAUAACUGGUCACACAGYGGCACACCUCCAAGAACCAACGGCCUGAUUUGCUUGCAUGAGCAAGUACAGAAAAUUCAGCUCGCGGAGGAUCAUGGUCCUACCAUAGUGCAUUGCAGUGACGGUGCCAGUCGAAGUGGUGUGUAUCUAACCCUUGCWYUGAGCAUAGAAAGACUCGAGGCGGAAGACAAUAUAGAUAUUUAUCAGACCGUACGAUGGCUUCGUUCUCAAAGACCCGGCAUUGUUGGCAAUGCGGAGCAAUACAACUUUUGCUAUCAAGCUAUCAGGAGCUACUUAUCGUGGAGAAUACGAGCAACCAAUGUUUACGUCACUGCCUGACAAUAACAUGACGUAGUUAAAUGUUUUCAUUACAAAGUGACGUCAUCAAUCAUAUUACGUCAUCUUYGACCACACAUACAUAUAGACA